UCCCGCGAACGGAGGGGAAGGUGGCGGCUCCAGCAAGAUGGCGGUGGCGGGCAAGGGGGUAGUGUCGGCCGCCGUGAAGCCGAUCUUCAGCCGGGACCUGGGCGAGGCGAAGCGGCGCGUCAGGGAGCUGUACCGGGCCUGGUACCGCGAGGUGCCCAACACGGUGCAUCUGUACCAGCUGGACAUCACGGUGAAACAGGGGCGUAACAAGGUGCGGGAGAUGUUCAUGAAGAACGCCCACGUUACGGAUCCACGCGUGAUAGACAUGCUGGUUAUUAAGGGGAAAAUGGAGCUUCAAGAAACCAUUCAUGUCUGGAAGCAGAGGACUCACGUCAUGAGGUACUUCCACGAGACGGAAGCCCCGCAACCUAAAGACUUUUUGUCCAAAUUCUAUGCGGGCCACAAUCCCUGAGAAACUGACUCCGUGUGUUCCUGCCUUAUAUUACAAAUAAAGUUCUACACAACGGAAAAUAAAAAUCCAUA